AGGAUCCGGAGCUGUGCUCAGGCAGUUGCAGGGGCGCUUGGUGCAUUCUGAAGAGCGGUUGCUUGGCUGCAUCUUCUGGCAGGUAAAGGCAGACUGGAGGUUGCCUGUCUAUCCACGCGGUUUGGAGAGGCCCAGGGUAGAGGCCCCAGCAAAACCUGGGGAAGGAGAAGGUGCCCCGCUAGUGGGAACCUCCCAGAAAACUGAGGGAACCAACCUCUUAUUAGGAGUUAGUCAGGGAUUAAGAAUGGGUAAAAAGAUAAAGAAGGAAGCAGAACCUCCUCAUAAGGAUGUGUUCGAUCCAUUAACAGUUGAAAGCAGAAAUGUAGCGACUGUGGUGUUAAUGCUUAAUUCUCCAGAAGAGGAAAUUUUGGCAAAAGCUUGUGAAGGAAUUUAUAGAUUUGCUUUAAAAGGUGAGGAAAAUAAAACAACCCUCCUUGAACUUGGAGCUGUGGAACCUUUAACGAAACUGCUCACCCAUGAAGACAAAAUAGUCAGAAGAAAUGCUAAUAUGAUAUUUGGAAUCCUGACUUCUAACAGUGAUGUUAAAAAAUUGUUAAGGGAGUUGGAUAUCCUGAAUUCUGUCAUUGCUCAGCUGGCUCCAGAAGAAGAAGUGAUUAUCCAUGAGUUUGCUAGUCUUUGCCUAGCAAACAUGUCUGCUGAGUACACCAGCAAAGUGCAAAUAUUUGAAUGUGGCGGAUUAGAGCCUCUCGUCAGACUGCUGAGCAGCCCUGACCCUGAUGUGAAGAAGAAUUCUAUUGAGUGCAUUUACAACUUGGUCCAGGAUUUUCAGUGUCGAGCUACACUUCCAGAGCUAAAUGCAAUCCCUCCUAUAUUAGAACUCUUGAAUUCAGAAUAUCCAAUUAUUCAGCUGUUGGCUCUCAAAACAUUAGGUAUUGUUACAAAUGAUAAGGAGUCACGAGUAAUGCUAAGAGACAAUCAAGGAGUGGACCAACUUAUUAAGAUCCUAGAAACUAAGGACUUGAAUGACCUUCAUAUAGAAGCACUGUUAGUGAUAGCCAACUGCCUUGAUGAUAUGGAUACCAUGGCGCUGAUUCAGCAGACGGGGGGUCUUAAGAAGCUCCUGACAUUUGCAGAAAACUCUGCAAUUCCUGAUAUUCAGAAGAAUGCAGCAAAAGCAAUCACUAAAGCUGCAUAUAAUUCUGAAAAUAGGAAGUUUUUUCAUGAACAAGAGGUUGAAAAGUGCCUUAUAGCCCUUUUGGGUUCUGAAAACGAUGGAACUAAAAUUGCUGCUUCCCAAGCAAUUUCAGCAAUGUGUGAGAAUACGGAUAGCAAAAAGGUUUUCAAUACCCAGGGGAUUCCACAGCUAAUUCAGUUGCUGAAAAGUGACAAUGAAGAGGUCGGAGAAGCUGCAGCUCUUGCCCUGGCUAACCUGACCACCUGCAGCCCUGCUAAUGCAAAAAAAAGUGAGUGGAAUGAGAGUCGGGAAUCCUGUUUCCAGUGUCCCAAAUCUGGCUGUGGUAACCAGCCUGUUUAUCAUAAAGGACAAGGUCCUCUGCUCCCCGCACACAGCGCUGUUGCAGAAGCUGAUGGAAUUGGCCCAUUAAUAAACAUCCUAGCCAGCAAACGAGAUGGAGCCAUUGCCUACGCGGCCACCGCCUUAACCAACAUGGCCACGCUGGAGCCUCUGCGCGUGCACAUGCAGACCCGGGGGAUCAUGCAGGCCCUCCUCGGCCCUCUGCAUUCCGCCAACACCGUCGUGCAGAGCAAGGCGGCUCUGGCUGUUGCUGCCACAGCCUCCGACUUUGAGGCCCGGACAGAGUUAAGAAAUUUAGGGGGGCUGCAACCCCUGGUAGAGCUCCUGCGCUCCAAGAAUAGCGAGGUCCGAAGGCACGCCAGCUGGGCUGUGAUGGUCUGCGCCGGCGAUGAAUUGAUGGCCACUGAAUUUUUCCGGCUUGGAACUUUAGAUAUCCUUGAAGAGAUUAAUCUUUCAGUAACUCGACAAAAUAAAUUCAGUGAGGCAGCUUAUAACAAACUGCUCAACAACAACCUGUCUCUGAAAUAUAGCCAGACGGGCUAUUUGUCAUCAAGUAAUAUAAUUAGUGAUGGAUUCUAUGAUUAUGGUCGGAUAAAUCGUGGCACCAAACUAUUGCCUUUGAAGGAACUCUGCUUGCAAGAACCAAGUGGUCUGCGUACUAUACUCCUAAUUAACAGUAAACCUUCUGAUGUGAAAAACAAUUACCAUUAUAGUGCUGGAACUGGAUCUCCCACCGAAGAGAAAUCAGAACCGACUUCAGGACGAAAUACAGCUCUUAGCAGCAAAAGUGCCAUCAAAGAAAGAGCAUUAAGAAAGUCACAACCAAAGCAAGAUGUAACUGCCUUGGAAAGGAAAGCCAAAGGAGAGAAAGAAGAAGAAAAAUAUACUGGAGAAGGAAGCCCUGAAAAAGAAUGUUACCCUCCCUGUGACCCUGACUUCUGUGUUUAUGUGCAUGAAGUGACCAAAUCAAUACUUCCCAUAACGAAUAUUAAGGAACAGAUUGAGACUCUUGCAAAGUAUGUGGCAGAAAAAAUGGGUGGUAAAGUUUCAAAAGAGAAACUUAACGAAUUCAACUGGGAACAUCAUAUAAGUGAACUAAAAUUUCAACUUAAAUCCAAUGUUAUACCAAUUGGGCUCAUCAAAAAAGGAAUCUUCUACCAUCGAGCUUUGCUUUUCAAGGCUCUGGCUGACAAAAUUGGCGUAGGUUGCUCUCUGGCUCGAGGGGAGUAUGGCAGAGCCUGGAAUGAAGUUAAGCUAUUGAGUGAAACUCGUAAGGGAGUGAUUGGGGGUGUCCCACCCCUUGAAAGCACCUUGCCUGUGAGUGACUACUUCACUGAGAAAGGACAUUACAUUAUUUCCAGCUUGUCUAUGAUUGUGAAUAACUCAUCUUGCAUUUGUAUCUUUUAAUGCAUUACUAAUUUGUGUAGUUAACGCUGAAGUACUGUUAGUUUGCAUAGUUAAAACCACCUAGGUUCUUGUUAAUUUGUUAACAAUGCAUAAGGCUCCAUAUUGGCUCAGAUCUUUCCACCAAUCAGAACCUGCAAAAGGGGAGGUGCUUGUUUUUACAAGUCCCCAGGAAUCAGCAACUGCUCUAAGUGUGUUUCAGUCAUGAGUGUCUCAACCAUGAGUUAAGAGCCUCAAUUGCCUUUUCUAGUUCCCAGGUAUCAGGCACCAAAUCCUGCAGACAGUGUACUCCGAUUAUCUUGAGACAGUCCCAGUUUGUUUUAUACAAGAACAGCCGGCAUACAAAUGGAAUCAAGCA